CAGGUUGUUGAGCUUUAUUGUGAAAGGUUGAUGCGGAAAAUAAACAAGUGGACGGCGGAGCCACACGAUGGUUUUAACGUCGUUGUUGCUAACAAACCGAAGCGUAAAACAGUCGCAUGUCCGACCGUAGUGUUAUUAUUUGUACUAUAAGAGAAAGAGAGAACUAUAAGAAGAAAUGAACAUAGCAGCUACAUUUAGCUAACAUGUUCAUCUAACAGUUUAAGAUGUUUGCCAAAUAGUUUGCAAGCUACAAUACUGUGCAUAAAUCUUGAGCCACCCCUGAUUUCUUUAUAAACUUAGCACAAAAAGUAAGGAAAUUUGUGUUUGGUUAAUUAUGUCUUUGUUGUAACAAUGCUUCUUGGCAGUAAAUCAUAUACUGCUGGAAACCCUGCGUAUUUCUCCGUAGUAAGGAAAAUGCAUGUGCAGCACAACUAAAAAUGAAAAAAUCAACUCUGCUAACUUAAGAAAAACUUGCCAAUGUGAAAUUGGCUAUUCUGUUGGCUCAUGUUUGGUGUCAUUUAUUGGUUUGGAUGAAUAAACAAGACCUAUUGGCAAUUAUUCAGUUGCAAAACCAUGUAAAUCACAGUUCAACAAAAGAAUGCUUAAUACUAAUACAGUGAAUUUGAAAUGAAACCAUAUAUGUAUAGGCUUUCAUCUUUAAUUCAAGGGGUUAAGCCAAAGUAUUGUAUUUAUAACAGUUUUAUGCAUCGUCCUCCAUUCACAGGGGGAUAAAAUUAAUUGGACAAAAUAACAUCAUUUGAAAAAUAAUUUACUGCAAGAUUUGGAUAGCUCUAGCAGGCAGAAACUAAAGACGGCUGCAGUCUUUAGUUUCUGAGAUUAGCUAACUGACUUGGCCAGUGAAGAAUAUCCCAUUUCUUUGCCCUGAGAAACUCUAGGGUUGCUUUUGCAAUAUGUUCUGGUUCAUUAUCUAUCUGCACUGUGAGGUGGCAUCCCAUCAGUUUUGCAGCAGUUGGCUAAAUCUCAUUAGAGAGCAUAGCCCUUUGUACUUCAACAGUCGUAUCAGCAAGAAACACUACUGGCCUGGCUCCAUUGGCAGACAUACAUGUCCAUGCAAUAACUUUGCCAGAUGACAAAUUAUAAGCUCUCCCUUCCCUUUUCCAAACUUGUGUAGCUACUCCAUACUUUUCACCACUCUGGUACAAGUCAAUCUUGGUUUCAUCUGAAACAUUAGAUUGUUUUUUAUGUGAGAAUUUAUAGGAGUAAGUUAAUUUGACACCGCUUGUGUCGAGCCAAAUGAGAUUGUUUGACUUUCUUGGCAGGUAAUAUUUCAUAAACCAUUGUUCUUAUAUCCCCUCGACCUAUUACCAUGGAAGUGUUGUGGCAAGAUUUAUGAUGAACUGACAUCUUCUUCUGCAUUAUUUCCCAAAAGUGUGUUGUAUCAGAGGUGGUGUAGGGUGUAAAUGAUCGUAGAACAUAACACUCAGAAUUAAAGCCAGGCUAAUGCAGCUGAUUGAGCUUUUAUGCAGAUUAUCGAAGCUGUAUGGACAGCCCUGCUUCAAGAAAGACAAGCAGCCCGUGACUGUGUGCAUUUUUUAGUUUUUCACAGAGAAAUUGGGGUUCCCAUGUGAGCUAUUCCUGAUCUUUCAUCUUGAAUCUAUAUUGCUUCUCAGCCCUGUACGCUUUUGCAAAUUCUGUUCACCAUUUCCUUAUUAACUGCAGCUCAAUGCCUGAACGUUUAUGAAUUAUGGACUAAUUUGAGGGCCCCUACCUUGUUUUCCAUAAUUGCUGCCAUUUCAACAGUAGACCUGAAGAGUAGUUGAAAUGUCAUUAAACAUGUGGCCAUACCUCAGGCUUUCAUUUUCCCCUCAUAAAGCCAGAGACUUCCUCCUCCCGUCUUCUCCCUCACACCUCACUGCGCUACUAUGGCAGCCCCUGGGUUUCAUUAGAUCGGCAGUCAGAUGAAAAUCUCCACACCUCUUUUACAGCACCAGUCACACUGCAAGCAUUUAUUAAAGCCAAGGGGACAGUUGAGCGACCAUGUGACUGACCUGUGGAUGUGGGCAUGUGGGAUAGGCUCACACUCCUACAUGAAAAUAGUUUUCCAUCUUUGACAAAACUAUGGUGUUUGGAUUCAAGGAUGCGUGUCAUUGGUAAGGGGGAUGCAUCGUCUUAUUGUUUCUAACAGCUGUCUGGAAAUCAACUAAGCAAACCUCUUUUGGAUAUAGAGAUAUUUUAUUUAUUUAUUUAAAAAAAGAAAAGAAAGAAAAAUGGUUGUAGAGAGCAGUGAAGCUGGCACAGGUUCUCUGACAUGACACAUCUGUUAUUAGUGUUUAGGUUAUUUGUUGUCCACACCUGGUUUGUGAUGGAGACAAUCUUGUCUGUUUCUCAACUUGGCCAGGCUUUGUUAUGCAGCUCAGAGCACAAUCUACUUCCUCCCCUCUAUUCCCUCCACCAGGGUAACACAAAGUAAUCAAUGCUAAUGAGCCAAGCCAGUCUCCCCGCUCAAAUAAAAAGCUAAUGAAAGACGGGGAGAUGUUGAACGGAGCACUCGGGCAACACAAUUAUUUCUUGUUGGCAAGCGGUGGCCCAGCAGCUGCCCUGUGUCUUUCAAUAAAUCGACAUUUCUCAUCAUCUCGGUAUCAGCCUUUUCAGCAUGUCCUCUUUAUCUCACAAGUGUACGGUGGUUUUGGAGCAUGAGCAAGGUAAAUACACACUGUAUGCAGUAUAGGUAGGGGAUUGUUUAUAGCAGAAUACGGCUACAGUGGAAAUAAGUGCAUUAGCACCACUGAUGCCAACUUGGGCUUGGUCAUUGUUUCAAAAUCAAACUUUGUCCCUGUUUACAUUGUUAUACAGCUAGAUUUUGCAAAGCAAAGCUUUCUUGUUCUUUUAAGGGGUUUAAAGAAAAGACUCAUUAUAGAGAGCAAAAUGUGUUUGGUGCCACAGUGCAGUCAGAUCACAGUUCUGAUUGCAAAAGCUGCCAGACCAGACAGGAUUUAAAAACAAAAAAUCAGACCAAUCGAUUCAGCUUUACACACAAACUUAAACUACACUUUCUUUGUAGCAAUUGUUUUUUUGUUUUUUGCAUUUGGGUAUAGCAGAUCUACAUAGUUUUGUUUCUGUCAUUUAUGUUAAGUACAGUGAAUUUGUGAAUUUGUGUCAUGAAAUGCAACCCAUAAAUAAAAUUGCCAUUGCAUAAAAGGUGUUACCUGUUUCUUUGUUUGCUGCAAAAGAAGUCAAACAGUGUUUGACAUCAUCUGACAGCUUGACAACUGCAAGUAUUAAUAUCAGUACUGGCCUAAAAAAACCCUCUUAUCCGUUGGAAUAUCCUUUUGAGCAGUGAGUGUCCAAGGCAUUGAUCUUUCAGGUCUAACCAGUUACCAAAGGCUGGCGUGAUGGUUUAGAGUUCAACACCACAUAGCAAAUUACCAGAACCACAAUGGAGCUUCUUCAGCAGAAGUUUGCAACGGACUCCGUCAAAACACGGACUCAGCGCCACAGAACACUGAUGGAAAGACCCGAAGAUGGCAGUUCAGAUGUUUUACAGACAUCUGAAACUCUAGAACUGCAAUUACUGCUAAAGACUUGUUCUAGCGCGCACGCGCGCACACACACACACACACACACACACUCCUUUUUUGCCUGUCUAUGAUUGCACCAGUCACUAGGCUUUUUUUUUGUAAACAUUGAAACAAUGUAAUUGUUAUGAGAUGGUCAAUACUGUGUUGGUAUAAUGUUCUUUGGUCCUUGGGGUAUGAGAGUUUUCCGUAAGAGUGCAAAUGAGUCUUUUCUAGACUAAGAAGCAGCGACACUAAACAUGUUAUUUUCUUUUGGCAGUAAACAAAAGUCUGUUCUUAUUCACAACAUGCCGUAUUAAAGCAAUGUAUGAUAUUUCCUGGCAAUAUUGGGAUCGUCAUUCAUGUACUUGAUCCAAAUUUCCUUAACUGCAGUACACAGCAUUAUUUUAGUUACAGAAACCAAACGGUAAACUUCACUUCUCCAAACAUAUUGUCUUCCAGAGGCAGGCCCUCUGCUGGAGUCCCUUAUGGAAGGGGACUUUGAAGCAGUUCUGCUGAGCACGGAAGUGACAGAUCUGCUCAACGGACAUGGCGACUACCACGAAGGGGAGAACAUAGAGUCCUACCUGGAGAGACGUUUACUACUGUACCUGACCGAUGGCACCAAUGAUAACCAGACCAGCAGGGAGUUGGCAGUUUUGGCCUUGGCUGUCUCAUGUCUCCACAUGUUUGCCCAGAGUAACUGGACCGGUCCUCCGGUCUCCUUCGAUAUCUGUGAUCUGCUGACCCCAGCCCUGUUGUCAUCUCAGGAGCCUCAGAUGCUGGUUGAUGCCAUCCACUCCAGCCUGCUCCUGGAUGGGGAAUCGGUGUAUAGCCAGGUGGCCAACCCCUUUCUCCUACUGUUGGCCAGGGUAAUUGUCACCAAAUGCUUCCCCAAGAUGGAUAGGCUUCAGGUAAGUCAGUCUUUCUGUUACAAUGAUCGUAGAAUUAUCUGAACUUAUGUAUUCAUUAUAAAUAUAUGCAUUAUAAUAAUAAUUUUCAUUGAUGUUUACUUGUGGCCUGCAGAAUCUAUUUAAAUCAAUUUUACAAGUCAUUGUGUUGUUUCCAUACAUAACGAAUCCAUCCAAAAAUAUAUGCUAUGCACUGAUGACACAAUCUACACCAGAGAUGAAAACUGGAGACCAACUCACAUCUACUUCAUAACUUUUACGGUCACUACCUCAAUAGGAUGUGUGUUUGUAAUUGUUAAGUCUAAUUGUUGAAUGUUG